UUUUUCAGACGUUACUAACACGUUUGAGACUUCCGGUGUGCAGGAUACCGCUGCGCGUAUUUCAGGCGGUGGAGAGUGGAUGCUGAUGGGGGACGAAAAGGACACCUGGAAAGUAAAAACACUUGACGAAAUCCUACAAGAGAAGAAACGCAGAAGAGAAUUAGAAGAGAGAACAGACCCCAAACGCCAGAAAAAUUUCACCCAAGGCCCUGUUCCACAGGCGGAUGAUCGGGAAGCCAAACGAGAUACUCCGGAGGAAGGAGAACUACGGGAUCAAAGAAUGGAAAUAACAAUUCGUAAUUCCCCGUACACACGGGAAGACUCAACAGAAGACAGAGGAGAUGAAGACGAAUCACUAGCAAUCAAGCCUCCACAGCAAAUAGCAAGAAAAGACAAAUCUCACCACAGAAAGGAGGAGAAGAGAAAAGAUAAAAGACGCCGUCGGAGUCACUCUGCUGAAGGAGCAGGGAAACAUGCACGACCCAAAGACAAAGAAAAAGAGCGAGAGAGUGAUCGCAGAAAACGGCAGUGGGAAGAAGACAAAGCCAGACGAGACUGGGAGAGGCAAAAAAGAAGAGAACAGGCCAGAGCUCAUUCACGUAGAGAGAGAGCUCUGGACAGACCUCAAUUGGACUCUCCUGGGUUUUUUUUGGACCACAGGGACCGGCUUGAACAGCUGGAACGCCAGCGUGAACGAGACCGUAAGCUGCGUGAACAGCAGAAAGAACAACGCGAGUUGAAAGACAGGGAAAGGAGGGCCGAGGAGCGGCGCAAAGAGAGAGGUGGUCGACGAGAAGUGCCAUCUCACCAUCGGAUGCUACCUGAUGAGUAUGGUGACAAGCCAAAACAAAGUAACCGCAGCCGAAGUCCUCCCCGCGUUCCUCGUGACAGAUCAGAGCAUGGUGAACCACGGAAAAGUGCAAUGUCAAAGGAGGAGAAACCGGAAGGCAAAGAUCUGCUCACAGACCUCCAGGACAUCAGUGACAGUGAAAGAAAGACCAGCUCUGCAGAGUCUUCCAUGGCAUCGGGGUCAGGAUCUGAUGAAGAGGAAGAAGAUGAUGAUGAAGAGGAGUCCAGCAGCCAGAGUGAGGGUGAAGAGGAGGAAGGAGAGGAGGAGUCUGUAUCAGGAUCAGAGCGGUCUGAGCAGAGUGCAGAGGACGUGAGUGAAGAUGAGCAGUCAGAGGAAGACUUUGAGGAAGAGAGAGAAAAUGGAAACCACAUCCCUGCAGUGCCAGAGUCACGGUUUGAUCAUGACUCUGAGGAGAGUGGUGAAGACAUGGGGGAAGAAGAAGAAGAGGAGGAGGAAGAGGAUGAAGCAGGAGAAAAUGACCCCACACCACAGUCUCAGACUCAUUCUCGCUCUGCCACACCUGAAGAGAACUACAUCCCAGACUCACCUCCUAUUUCACCUGUGGAGCUGAAGAAAGAGCUGCCUAAAUACCUGCCUGCUUUACAAGGUUGUCGCAGUGUUGAGGAAUUCCAGUGCUUGAACCGAAUCGAGGAGGGAACCUACGGUGUUGUGUACAGAGCCAAGGACAAAAAGACAGAUGAAAUUGUGGCUCUGAAGAGAUUGAAGAUGGAGAAAGAGAAGGAGGGCUUCCCCAUCACCUCUUUAAGAGAAAUCAACACAAUCCUAAAAGCUCAACACCCAAACAUCGUCACAGUGAGGGAAAUAGUUGUUGGAAGUAACAUGGACAAGAUCUACAUCGUGAUGAACUAUGUAGAACACGACCUGAAGAGUCUGAUGGAAACCAUGAAGCAACCCUUCCUGCCAGGUGAAGUCAAGACUUUGAUGAUUCAGCUCCUUCGAGGUGUCCGACAUCUCCACGAUAACUGGAUCCUCCAUCGGGAUCUGAAGACAUCUAACCUGCUGCUGAGCCAUAAAGGGAUCCUCAAGAUUGGUGACUUUGGUUUGGCCCGAGAGUACGGUUCUCCGCUGAAGCCCUACACCCCUGUGGUGGUGACCUUGUGGUAUCGAUCACCAGAGCUGCUGCUUGGAGCCAAGGAGUACUCAACGGCUGUGGACAUGUGGUCAGUGGGCUGCAUAUUUGGCGAGCUCCUCACCCAGAAACCCCUUUUCCCUGGAAAAUCUGAAAUUGACCAGAUUAACAAGAUUUUCAAGGACCUUGGGUCACCCAGUGAGAAGAUCUGGCCCGGCUACAGCGAGCUGCCUGCUGUGAAGAAGAUGACUUUUACAGAGUAUCCCUACAACAACCUGCGAAAGCGCUUUGGGGCGCUUCUCUCAGACCAAGGCUUUGACCUCAUGAACAAAUUCCUCACCUACUGUCCCAGUAAGAGGAUUUUAUCAGACGAGGCGCUCAAGCACGAGUACUUCCGCGAGACACCACUGCCCAUCGACCCGUCCAUGUUCCCCACUUGGCCGGCCAAGAGUGAGCAGCAGAGGGUGAAGAGAGGCACCAGUCCUCGUCCACCCGAGGGAGGCCUGGGCUACAGUCAGCUGGGCGACGAUGACCUGAAGGACACAGGCUUCCAUCUGACGACCAGCAACCAGGGAGCAUCUGCAGUUGGUCCAGGAUUCAGCCUCAAGUUCUGAGGCCAGACACUACAGGACGCCUCGCUGUCUUACUGAGAAGAGGAGCAAAGAGUUCUGGGACUACUUAUGGAACUGGACAGUGUCCUUGGUUUAUACCGUUAAACCAAAUCAUUCUCUGAAAAACUAUCACCGAAUAGUCAGGACUGUUUCACAGCGAGACUAGUGGCAACAAAUGUGAUGAUUUUUGAGACUUUUCCCCCAACAUCCCUGCUUCAUCUCUUUUUUUUUGAAGCCAUUCACCAUCUUAAAUGUUUUUUUUAGCUCUUAAGGAGGAGACGUACAGAACCAUAAAUCUGUUGGAGGUUUAGCUGUUUUGUUUUAUUUCCCGUGUAUACUUCAUGAGAGGACCAGAUUUUCUAAAUGGUUGGUAUUUCCUGGCUGCCUGAGCUACUGUAUAAUGAUGCAGCGUUGGCCGUGCGCUCCAUCCAGCAUUAUGUCAGAAAUUUACUUUGGGCUGUCAGGUCACCUCAUGACAGGAGGAAACUGUUUUUGCUAGAAAUAAAGUUUGAAACUUUG